AUGUCCCUAUUGACUGCAUUGAGACUUUCGGCUGCCCUUGUGGGCUCCGCAACCGCUGCGCAAGUCCUUGCUCCAACUCAAGAUAUCAACCUUCCUGCAAGCGAGUCUGCCACUGAACCUCUUAAGUGGCUUGGUGCUAAUGGUCCUUGGUUUGCUGGUCCCAAUGUCUAUGAUAUUGACCCUGAGGUUCCGGAGAAUUGUUAUGUAGACCAGGCGGCUUACAUUGUCCGUCAUGGCUCGAGAUAUCCUGACACGGGCGCCUACAAUGGAUGGGUAGAUAUGCAAACAAGGUUCUCGGCCGGUGGUUAUACUGCCAAGGGUAGUCUUUCAUUCCUGCCCGAAUGGAAGACGGUCCUCACCAAUCCGGCCUUGCAGAUAGCUCAAGAAAGCCCAACAGGUAUUAAAGAAGCACAGGAUCUCGGUUAUCAACUACGAACCAGGUAUCCUCAACUCUACGAUGAGGGCGAUGACUUUUUUGUUUGGGCCAACAAUUAUACCCGAGUGCUUCAGACAGCAAAGGCAUUUGUCCAAGGAUAUCUCGGUCCCUUCGCAGCUACUUACGGCAAUGUCUUGUCCGUGACAUCAAAGGGAUUUGAUGGCGCUAUUGGCAACUCCCUAGCUCCCUCUGACCAGUGUCCCAACUUCAAGGACACAGAGGGCUCAGCCUACGGGUCGCAGUGGGCCAAUGUCUACAUCCCGCCGAUCCAAGAGCGCCUCCAGGAGUUGAUUGACGGCAACCUGACGUUUACCCAGACCGACAUAUCGCAGAUGCCAUAUCUUUGCGGGUUUGAGAGCCAGAUCACUGGAAGGCUUUCUCCGUGGUGCAGUGUCUUUACCGACGAGGAACUUAAGCAGUACGAGUAUGCCAACGAUCUUCGUUACUACUAUGGCAUCGGACCUGGUACAGAUCUCAAUCAGAAGAUGAUGACGCCUUUCCUGAAGAGCCUUGUAGGAUUACUCAAGGAGGGUCCAGGUAUUAAUGGCACAUCCGUUGACGGCGGCUCGUUUGAGGUCCCAAAGCUCUUGAUGUCUUUCUUGAACGACGGCCAGCUCACGGAGCUCGUGACCGCGAGCGGCGUUUUCGAUGAGCAGGCAACCCUCUCCGCCACCGAGAAGGACGACGGCAGGCUCUUUAUCGGAUCGCACUUCGUGUCCAUGCGAGGCACUAUUGCGUUCGAGAGGCUGAACUGCAUCAAGCCCUCGAGCUGCAAGUCGCGCCGCAGCGCUAGGUCGACGAAUAUUCGCCGAGACACGCACAACGCCACCUAUAUCCGAGUCAAGUUGAACGAUGCUGUGUACACAAUCCCGAGCUGCAAGAAUGGCCCUGGACAGUCUUGUCUUUUGAGCGACUAUGUCAAGUAUGUGGAGGAUAAAUAUGCCGCUCAGGGCAACUGGGUGACGAAUUGCAAUGUUACUGCGGUAGAUGCACCCACAACUGUUCAGGGAGCGAGCUUCUUCACGGAUCUGAGCAGCCCCUGGCUGCAGAGUGUUCCGCCAUACUAG